GUCUAUUUCUCUAACAUGACAUUACGUAAUGGCUAGCAGGCUGUCAGUGUCAUAGUAGAAAUUUUAUUAAUAUUCGAUAAAAUUAUACAAUGGCUGUCUCAGGUCGUAUUCUUCCUUGGUUAAAAGAUGGCCUGAGACUCACCAGUGUGAGAUACUCAUCAUGCGCAAGUGGCGGUGCAGGGAAGCCAUAUGAACAAACACGUAAAAAUCUCAGACUAUCCAAAGAGACUAAAGUCAUUGUUCAAGGCUUCACUGGUAAACAGGGCACCUUCCACAGCCAGCAAGCAUUGGACUAUGGAACAAAUAUUGUUGGAGGUGUGUCCCCAAAAAAAGCCGGCACCGAGCAUCUUGGGAAGCCUGUAUUUGCUUCAGUAAAAGAGGCCAUGGAGAAGACUCAAGCUCAGGCCUCUGUGAUUUAUGUGCCACCACCUGCUGCUGCAGCUGCGAUCCUUGAAGCGGUGGCCGCGGAAGUUCCUCUUAUUGUCUGCAUUACGGAAGGUGUUCCUCAACAUGACAUGGUCCGCGUGAAACACGCUCUACUGCGGCAGAACAAGUCGCGUCUGGUGGGGCCGAACUGCCCAGGUAUUAUCGCCCCGGAGAAGUGCAAGAUUGGUAUCAUGCCUGCUGCGGUGCAUAAAGCUGGCUGCAUCGGUGUUGUAUCUCGCUCUGGUACCCUAACUUAUGAAGCUUGCCAUCAAACUACAGUUACUGGUCUUGGACAAACCCUUUGCGUUGGCAUUGGUGGUGAUCCCUUCAAUGGAACGGACUUUAUUGAUUGCCUGGAGGUGUUCCUUACUGACCCUGAGACGAAAGGAAUUAUUCUGAUUGGUGAAAUUGGUGGCCAAGCUGAAGAAUUGGCGUCGGAAUAUCUUACCCAACAUAACACUGCGAAAAAGGGUCAAAAAGCCAAGCCCGUGGUAUCGUUUAUCGCAGGUCUGACCGCUCCACCUGGCAGACGUAUGGGCCACGCUGGUGCCAUCAUUUCAGGAGGAAAAGGUGGUGCCAUGGAUAAAAUAAAGGCAUUGGAAAAAGCCAAUGUGAUUGUAACCCGUUCCCCUGCCAAGAUGGGUGUUGAAUUACUCAAAGAGAUGAAACGAUUGGAGAUUGUCUAAAUUCUAGACAGGUUUUUUUGAAUAUUCUAUCUGUUCAUUUUGUAUAGAUUUUUAGCAAUUAUAUCGACAUUAUUUAUUUUGAAAUGUUGUUUCAGUCAGAUUUUUAUUUUUCUUAAUCAUGAUAACUGUUAAACCAGUGUCUAUUCCGCCCCGAUAUACUCUUUUUACUUUUUUUUAAGCAAGUUGUAAUCGUUACCUCAUUAUGGAAUUAUGCACUAUAUUGUUAGAACAGCACUAUAAGUUUUAAAUAUGUCUAUUGUUAUUGUAGACAAAUAUCAAACUAUUGCGGUGUUGAUAUGCUGAUUGCUUUCAAGUGAUUUGUGGCUGAUAUGCAUCUCUGUAUGAAUAUAUAUUUAGACAUGUGCUAUAUAUUCCUAUGAACACAAUUAUUAAAACGAAUAAUAUAAUAAAUGUCAGUAUAAAUAUA